ACCCUAUUCCUUCGUACCGAAGCGACUUUUUUUAUAUUGUCUUAAACUUGACCAACAAAAUCUUCUAUUUAUAUUUGUAUGCGUUUUAGUUUUAGGAGAGUAGGAAAAUAUCAAAGGUCAGAAGAAUGAGCGAGGGAAAGAGGAAACAACAUUUUGUACUAGUACAUGGUUCGUGCCACGGAGCGUGGUGCUGGUACAAGAUUAAGCCAUUGCUAGAGGCGGCGGGCCAUCGUGUAACUGCCGUGGACUUAGCUGCCUCUGGUUUAGACAUAACCAAGUCGAUCACUGACAUCCCUACAUGUGAACAAUACUCAGAGCCAUUGACGAAGCUGCUGACCUCAUUACCAAAUGAUGAGAAGGUUGUCCUCGUAGGUCAUAGCUUCGGUGGGUUGAACUUAGCCAUAGCCAUGGAAAAGUUUCCCGAAAAAAUUUCUGUCGCUGUAUUCCUGACAGCUUUCAUGCCCGACACAGAACACUCACCUUCCUUCGUCUUGGAGAAGUAUGGAAGCAACAUUCCACCAGAAGCAUGGAUGGGCACCGAAUUCGAACCAUACGGUUUAGACAAUUCCGGACUGAGUAUGUUCUUUAGCCGUGAGUUCAUGAAGUUGGGUCUUUACCAGCUCUCUCCUAUUGAGGAUCUUGAACUGGGAUUGCUUUUAAAGAGGCCAGGAUCAUUGUUUGUUAACGAUUUAUCAAAGAUGAAGAACUUCUCUAGUGAAAGAUAUGGAUCUGUUCCUCGAGCGUUCAUAGUGUGCAAAGAGGACAAAGCCAUUCCAGAAGAACACCAACGAUGGAUGAUUAAUAAUUUUCCGGUGAAUUUAGUUAUGGAAAUUGAGGAGACAGAUCAUAUGCCAAUGUUCUGCAAGCCUCAGCAACUCUGCCAUUACUUACUGGAAAUUGCUUACGAAUUCGUUUAAUCGAUCUUCAUGAAUAUGUGUAUUAGAUUUGAUAAUAAUAAGGGUUUGUUGCAAACAAUAAUAAUGAAUUUUAAAAAGUUUCAGAUGAUGUAAAAAAAAAAAAAAGUUUCAGACUUCGUUGCUUUUU